CUCGACCUUUCGGUGUCUGGCCUGACGGGCACUCUACCGCCUGAGCUGGGAAGCCUCAAGCUCACCAGUCUUGACCUAGCUUUCAACAACAUCUCUGGCACCCUACCUCCGGAGCUGGCCAAGCUCACUCAGCUGCAGCAGUUCAACCUGUCUUUCAACAACCUCCUCUCGGGGACAGUGCCUCCGGGGCUAGCCAAGAUGUCCCAGCUGCAGCGACUCGAUCUGGCUCAUACCUCCCUAUCUGGAUCCAUACCGGGGAACAUGGGUCAGCUCUCUCAGCUGCAGAGACUCGAUAUGACUGUCACCGCCAUUUCGGGCACACUGCCGCCAACAUUGGGCGAUCUCUCGCAGCUGAAGGAGCUGACCAUUACUGAGAACGGUCUAUCAGGCACACUGCCGCCAACGUUCCGCAAGCUCUCGCACCUGGAGUUUCUGAGCGUCGCUCGGGGCAGCCUGUCGGGCACACUGCCGCCAUUUUCAGCGCAGCUGGAAUAUCUUGCUGUGUCUCACAACCGCUUCUCCGGAACCUUGCCG